AUGUCAGAACUUAAUUAUUACUGGGAUUUGGCAUCAGAAGAUCCGGAAUUACGGGCUCAAGCUUCUAUAAAGCUUAUUGAAAGUGUUAGAUUAUCAAUUCCUAAAGAUCAGGAAAAAAAGAAUAUAGAAAAAUCAGAAAAUUUUUUAGAAAAUGUUUUAGGAGAGAAAGGAUUGUACGCAAUAACAAGAUUAGUUAAAGGUCUAUCAAGUAGUAGAAAUCAUAGCAGAUUGGGAUUUUCUACGGCAUUAUCAGAGUUUCUUUUAGAAUUCGAAGAUAUAGAUGUUGAAGAUGUUGUCAAAUUAAUUGAGAAAUAUAAUGUAGAAAAAAGGAAUCAUUCUACACAGGAAGAAAGAGAUUUUUUAUUUGGAAAAUUAUUUGGUAUAAAAGCAAUUUUGCUUUCUAAGAUACUUCAAAGGACAAAGUCUGUGGAAAAGAUAGAAAAAGUGAUAGAUGUAUUAAUAGGAUUAUCUUUAAAAAAAGGAUGGCUAAGAGAACCAUGUUUUUUUGUAAUAAACGAUAUAUUAGUACAGCUUAAAGACUUUCCUCAAUAUGAAGAAGUCUGCAGUAUAACUCUUAAGAAAAUAUGUGAUUUAAAGAUGUCUAAGACACCAGAAGGGGUUGGAAUAAUAUUAACAAUUCAUAAAUUUAAAGAUUUAAAAUCUAUUGGAGAUACACAAUGGAGUCCUUUAAAUCCCCUUGAUUCAUCUAACUUAGAAAUUCUAGCUAAAGUUUUAAAAAAUGAUAGUAUUGAUUCAGAAACAAAACAAAAUGGAAAUUGGAACGCAAAAUUGCAUUUUGUUUGGAAUAUAAUCAUAGAAAUGUACACAUUAGAAGCGAAUAAUGCUGUCAAUUCAUCAUUUUUAGAAUUUUGGACUAAAGUUAUUGAUGAGUCCUUUUUUUCAGCAGCAUCAUCUCUUGAAAAAAAAUUUUUGGGAUUUCAAGUAUUUAAUAUAGCAUUAUCUAAAAUUGAAAAUUCAGAUAUAACCCAUUUAUUUUCUAAAAAUUUUAUGCGUUGCUUUAUAAAUCAUUUGUCAGAUGAAAAUAGAUAUCUGAACAAAAUUUCAAACAAAGUGAUUUCAUGUAUAAUUUCAACGGCUAAUACUCGAAAAAAAGUUAUUCUUCCAAUAAUCCAAUCUCUUUUAGGGCCUUUAGGAGCAUUAAAUUUUGACAAAAUUACAAAAACUAAACUUGUAGAAUCUUUAAUUUCUUUAGCCGAUGAAACAAGUUUAUGGGAUAUUUUGCAAUUGUUAAAAACAAUUACAUGUUCUCCGUGCUCAAAAAAUGAAGAUAUAGAUCAGAAACGUCAAAUUUCAAUUGAUAUAAUGCUUAGCAUUUUAAGAAACAAGAAAUGCAAUAAAAGCAAUGAAUGGAUAAUAAAUUAUAUCACAUUUUUUGUAACUUACGGAUAUUUUGAGCCUAAAUCGGAAGAUUUUAAACAUCCAUUUUCUACUAAUACAAAAACUAUAUUAAGAUCUCGUCUUUCAUCAUCUCUUGCACAUUUAAACUCUAGAAAUCACUCUAUAGAAUAUAGCAAAAAUUUACAAAAACAUUUUUUUUGGUCAUCUUUUAUUAUUGAACUAAUUAUUUCAUUAUCUGAAUCUGAAAAAUAUAAUUUAUCAGUAAACAUGGAUUCAAAAACUCUUAAAAUUAAAAAUAAAUCCAUAAAAAUUUUUAAAAAGAUUUUAAUAAAGAAAUCUAAUCCAGAAAAAAAGAUAACACAAGAACUACUCGCUUUUGAAUUAUUAUAUUCCUUAUCUAUUUUGCAACUUUUUAAUGAGGAUCCAGAAGCUAGUUCAGUUCUUGAAGAACUUAAAAUCUGUUAUAAUAAUUUUUUUAAAAAAGAAACAAAAUUGUCAGAAAAUACAAUUGAAAUUCUCACUGAUAUUCUUUUGGGAUUUUUGUCUAAACAUUCUAUUUUAUUUCGAAAAUUAGUGGAACAGACAUUUAGGUAUCUUUCAGAUAAAAUAAAUCAUAAAUGUCUGUUGUUAUUGAUAAAUGUUCUUCAAGCAGACGAGAAUUCAGAAAAAAACACUCUAUUUGAAGAAAUUACUUCAGAUGAAGAUUAUAAUAUUAUAGACAAUAGUUCUAAAUCAUUAAAUAAUGGUGAUAAAACGGAUGCAGAAGAAAAUUUUAACAAUAUUUCCUUAGGUAUUUCUAAUGAAGAUGUUGAGAAUGAUUCCGAAGAGUCUAUAGACGAUGAAAAAAUGUUAGAAUUACAUAAACAUAUAGGAAAUAUGCUAAAAAAAAGGAAGAAAAAAAGCAAAAACAAAAAUGUUGAUCUCAGAGAAAAUAUUAUAAAUUUUAAAAGAAAAGUUCUGGAUAUAUUAAAUAUUUUUUUAGAACUACGUAAUGAAGACCCAAUAAUUCUUGAUUUGAUUUUACCAUUAUUAACUUUAAUACGUACUACAUCAAGUGAUAUUAUUUCAAACAGAGCACGAAAUUUAAUUGGAAACAAAUUAUGUAAAGCAAAGAUCAAUUUAAACGAAAUUAAAAUUGAACAUGCUUUUGAUAUUCUUAAAAAAAUACAUGAAGAUGCAUUAAAAAUAAAAAAAAAAAACAUAGGAAUACCUCAUAGUCAAUCUAGCAUAUUUCUUGUCAGAAUUAUUAUCUUCAAAGAUAUAAAUUAUACAGAUCAAAUACUAAAAAUAUAUUCUUCAACAUUUAAUACAUGGAUAACAAAAAAGAAAAUAAAACUUCAAGCAUCAUUAUUUACUGAUCUAAUAAAUUGGGGAGCUCAAUUCAGACAAAAAUAG